GGCAUUGCGCCGGUACAAAGAUGGCGGCGCGGCGAUGAGCGAGGGACGGGAAUCACCCGAGGUCCAGGCUAUGGGCCGCCCAGUAGGCCUCGCCUCCGUUCCGUAGUCUCCCCCCUCCCCCUGGGGCUGUGGCUGUGGCCAUGGGCGAGAGGCUGGCGGCUGCCUGAGCCCUGCGGCUAGUGUCGAGGCCCCGCCAUGCCCGCCCCGGGCUCUCCCGGCGCCGCGCCUCCUCCACCGGGGCCUCCACCGCCUCCUGCCCCGGCGGCAACGCUGCUCAACGGCGGGGCCGCAGUCGCGGUCGUUCCCACUCCCACUCCCGCCCCCGCCCCCGCCGUCGCCGUCGCCCCCGCCGUUGCCCGGGCCUCGGUGCCCGUCCUACAGAGUCUACAGGUGCCGGCGGGUAUGGUCCUUGUGCGGAGUGACAGUGGGCAGCUGGUGCUGGUACCACAGAGGGCCUUUGCUCAGGCUCAGGCCCAGGCCAAGGCUCGAGCGCAAGCACAGAGAGCCGGCAGCACCUCUGCCGCUGCACCCGGUACUACGCACACUGUCCGAAUCUCCAACGUGCAGACAAUUCGAACGCAGACUGUUGCCAAUCAAAUGAAGCCACCGGCUGCCCAGCAGACAAACCAAUUGCAAGCUCCAAUCCAGACAAACUCUCUACCACAGCGCAUCACUCUAGUGCAGUCGCAGCCUGUGACUGGAGCCAUUGCAACAAAAUCCCCGUCAAUAGUAGCGGCAAAACAAUCAACGCCUGUAAAUCAUUUGGCUGCCGUGCGAGUUGUACAAACCAGUGCUGCACCGGAAACGUUGGAAAAUGUGAAGAAAUGCAAGAACUUUCUUGCAACAUUAAUUAAACUUGCUUCCAGUGGGUCCCAGUCAAUGCAGAUGUCCAACAAUGUGAAAAUUUUGGUGCAGAAACUACUGGAUGGGAAGUUGGAAGCGGAGGAAUUCACAAGCCAGCUGUACCAAGAGCUCAAGUCUUCCCCACAGCCUUACCUUGUGCCUUUUCUCAAGCGAAGUUUACCUGCCUUAAGGAAGCAGACGCCAAACCCGCAGGCCUUCAUUCAGCAGUGCCUACAAAAACCUGCCACUCCAGCUACUGCACUUGCAUCUGCCUCUGGAGUAGCCAAGCCGCCUAACCCAGGGCAGGUCACACAGGCGGUCACAGUGACUAGUGCUGCACAGCAGGCAACGCCCCUGCAGGCCAAGGCACAGAUGGUAGUUCAGCAGGCUGGAGUACCUGGCAAAACCCAAGUAAACCUCCUGCAACAGACACAAAGACCUCCGAACCACAUGACCAUGCCUGCAGCGCAAAUCCAUGUCAAAAUGGUUCAAGCAGGUGCUGUGACUUCAGUGGUGAAAGUACCAGCCGUACAAGCAAGUGGGAGCUCAAGCAUUCUCGUGCGUGCCUCGACUGAGGAAAAAUUGAAAAGGGAAGGAGGAGGAGGUGCAUCUUUCAGGGAUGAGGACGACAUCAAUGAUGUAACCUCAAUGGCUGGGGUCAACAUCAGUGAAGAGAAUGCACGCAUCCUUGCAACAAAUUCGAAGUUGGUGGGUGCUGUAAUCCGGUCAUGUAAAGAAGAAACAUUCCUGUCUUCUGUGCCCCUACAGACAAAAACUUUAGAAAUAGGUAAGAAACAUGGUGUGACGGAGGUGGACUCUGAAGUGUUGAGCACCAUAUCUCAUGCAACGCAAGAGCACUUGCGAGAACUCAUGGAAAAGAUCACUGUGAUUGCACAGCACCGUAUGAUGAUGUACAAGGGCGAUGACCAGUACAGCUUAUCAAGUGACUCGCGGUCACAGCUGAGGUUCUUUGAGCAGUUGGAUCAACUGGAAAAGCAGCGGAAGGAUGAGGACGAGAGGGAAACGAUGCUGCGACUAGCUAAAAGUCGAUCCAAGCAUGAAGAUCCAGAACAACUUCGACUGAAGCAACGAGCCAAAGAGAUGAAACAACUGGAACUUGCACAACUGGCGCAGCGGGAAGCAAAUCUAGCGGCUCUGGCGGCCAUCGGACCGAGGAAGAGAAAAACUCCUGAUUCACCGAGUCUGGGAGCAGGAAACGAGGGAUUAAGCGAAGGCGGGAGCGCACUUGGUGCCACACGAUCUCGACCCUUCCUGCGGCCCAGAGUAACACGCGUCAGUCUCAGGGAUCUGCUGCUGUGCCUAGAGCAAGAACGAGCGGCCAGGCGCUCCCUUCUCCUGUACCGAGCCUAUCUCAAAUGAAGCCAGUGCCUGGGACUGCAUCUGCACACAGGGCCCGGAGCAAGCUGGCCGCAUGGACAUUAGCAGCAAAACGGUGCGUCGCUUCCAGGCUCCAGACCCUAUUGUCUUUGUUUACUAUUCUGAUUUUUUUAACAAAAAAAAAAUCUGACGGGUACAUUUUGGUUUCAGCAAGAACUGGAUUCAUUUGAACUUCGAGUAUCACUUGUGAAAAUGAAUUCCCUCCAGUUCAAAGAUGCCUAACUCCAGGAUCUUGAUGUUUUGUACAUGAAAGAAAAUCUCUGAUCCCUAUCUAAAUUAGCACUCCCAAUCAUUUAAAAAUUUGAAUGGCAUGCAAUUUAUUUUUCAUUAAAUACAUCUGCUGUGGUAUAAGUUCCUGACACAACAGGAUAAAUUAGAGAUUUACGUGGUUAAAA